AUGGCAUUUAUAAAAAUAGUCCAAUUAAUUCUUGUUCUUGUGGCUUUAUCAUCAUCAUCAAGAGCUACAAGUUUCGAACGAUUUGGGCUCAAACUUUACUCAACUCUUGGUCAAAAUAACAAAAAUGAAAAUGUAUUUGUUUCACCAGUGAGUAUAUCUCUUGCAAUGUCAAUGUGUGCAGUUGGUGCUCGACAAGAAACAUUAAAUCAAAUGUUAAAAACAUUUCAAGUAUCAUCAAGAGAACAAUUAAUAAAAACAGCUGAACAAAUUAUGAAUGUUUUUUCUAUUGUUAAUCAAGAUAAAGAAGUUCAAGUUAAAUUAGCUAAUCGUCUUUAUACACAAAAAGCAUAUGAACUUCAACAAGAAUAUUUGAAAAUUGUUCAAAAUUCAUUUAAAGCUGAUAUUAAACUUGAAGAUUUUGAACAUGAAAGUGAGCAAGCUGUUCAAAGAAUCAAUACAUGGGUUGAACAACAAACAAAUAAUUUAAUUCACGAUUUACUUCAAAAAAGCGAUAUUACACCUGAUACAAGAUUAAUAAUUAUUAAUAGUAUUUAUUUUAAGGGGGCAUGGAUGAAACAAUUUCGAAACAAUUUAACUGAUGAAAAUGCUGAUUUUCAUGAAUCGAAUGGUAAAACGUCAAAAGUAAAAUUAAUGUAUCAAAAAGAAAAAUUUGCUUAUGCUAAAAAUGAUGAUUUACAUAUACAAAUUGUUGAUUUACCGUAUAGAAGUGAAAAUAAAGAUGUUGAAUUUGUUUUUACUGUAAUUUUACCUGAUCAAGGAGUUGAAUUAGAUGUUAUUGAACAAAAAUUAACAUCACAACCUAAUUUAAUGCAAAAAUUAUUAAAUCGUCAAAAUAUGAAAACAGAAUUACUUCAUUUAUAUUUACCAAAAUUUAAAAUGGAAUCUACAUUUCAAUUAAAUGAUAUUCUUAAACAACUUGGAAUGAAAGAUGCAUUUAUUGAUUAUAAAGCAAAUUUUUCAGGUAUUGUUAGUGAAGAACAUAAUAGAGAUCAAUUAUAUAUUAGCAAGGUUAUUCAUAAAACAUUUCUCGAUGUAAACGAACAAGGAUCAGAAGCAGCAGCAGUUACAGCAGUUAUCAUCAAUACUCGUUCAUUGGUUUUUCCACCACCACGGCCCAUUGAGUUUAAAGCUGAUCGUCCAUUUUUAUUCUUCAUUCGUGAAAGUCGACAAAAUAUUGUCUUAUUUAGUGGCAGAUUUAUGUCGCCACCGAAAAGUUCAUAA